AGUCUGCAGCGAUCCAUCACUAACAAGGAGCCGCUUAGGGAAAAGAAAAAACUGCACUCAGGACGACAAGAUCCACAGUCCGGGCUGAGAUGAGAGGACUCACGCUGACCAACGUUUGCCACUGUGGCUUAUUCACAUAUCUCGUCUUGUUCUCCUUCAUGUCUAUGAGCGCUGCUGUCAGCUUCGACCUGACUGAGCUGAGGAAUAAAGUUGCGAAAAUUAAAGUGAAUCCAAGAGGCAAUCUUUGGGCAACAGGGCAUUUCAUGGGGAAGAAGAGUGUGAUGGACACCCCUCUGCUGCCCUCACCCGAGGACCGGGGUGUGGAUGCGCUGGAAGUCAGCCUCCCGGCUGAGCAGACCUCGCUCGGGGAGCUUUUCCAAGAGUUUCUGCGGGUGGCGUUGAAGGCGCAGGUGGACACAGACGAGAGUCGUUUGAAAAAUCAGGAAGCGGAGUUGGUGGCGAAGAUCUUAGAGAACUACAUCCAAAGCAGAAAAUGAUGCGCAGGUUGGAAGCGUGGCACGCAUGGACCCGGGACCUCAAAGGAUGAAAAAGAUAAAAUAAAAAAAAGAACCAGAAACAGUCUAUAAUUUUUUUUCUGCUCUAUGAUUAAAAUCUACUGUAAGUCUCAAUUUGCCACAGCUUUUAUUCCAGUUAUCAUAUUUAUUGUUGUUUAUUUAUUUAGGCUAUUUAUAUGAAAUAAUAAAACCAAAAAUGAAAAGGAUGUGUAGCGGGUAAAUAAUAAAACGCUGGUGUUUUUAAACCCUGACACAAAAGGAAAA